UUAUUUAUGACGUUAUAAAUAGGAAGAAUUAUAAUUUUCCUUAAUUCUAUAAAACUGGAAAUGUACACAAUUUUAGAUAUGUAGGGUCUACUCUUUCUUGAGGAGUCCAGCCGGACCUUUCUGCUUUUGUGCCGACUUUUAAUAGGAAAUGAACAGCAAGAUAUAGGAAAAGAAUUUAUCUAAUCUAUUUUAUAGUCCCCAUAUUUGCGACCCUUUCUUCAAGCUGAUCAUGGAUGCUCUCAAAGAAUGGCAAAAGAAAGACUCUGAUAAUUUCAUCAUUCAUAACAUUAGUGGGAUCAUCGAUAGCAAUGGCGAAUAGGAUUGAAGCCUUUAUGAUUUCCAGGUCAAUAACCGGAAUUGGGUUUGGAAUUACUAAUGCAACUUCCCCUUUGUUUAUCCACGAGAUCGCACCGAAAUAAAUGGAGAGCUGCUUUGUUAUGAAUCAUAUUAUUGUGGAUAAAUAUAGGAUUCACUUUGCCCCUUGUUUUACAAUUCUAUUUCCCACGAUUUGAUGCUCCUGAUACUUCAAGUCCUGAUUACUGCGAGGCCCUAAAAGGAAAGCAUAUUAUCUGGAGGGAGCUAGAAGCAAUGCCGAUAAUCUUAUCAUUUAUUCAAUUCAUUGCUCUUUUUAUGGUAUUUAGAAAAGAAAAUCCGAUUUAUAGACAGCAUCUUGAAUGAAAAUCAGGGUCUCUUGGCACAAGUGAAGAAUCUGGAGAGACGGAGUCCGGUAUAAACUACGAAAUACAGUUACAACAGUCAAAAGAGAAAUCGCCGUCUCGGAUUGAAAGAGACACUUGGACUAAUCUCUGGAAACCUACAGAGAGAAGGAAGCUUAUUGCUUCAUUAAUAAUUAGAGGAGUUGGACAACUCCUAGGAAUUAAUGUCCUAUUAAAUUUUUCUAUUUUAUUCACAAUUGGAGAGGACCCAAGAUAUAAUCUAAGAUUCUUCCUAUCAGCUAUAGCAUGCUUCCAUUCUUGUCUAGCAAUGGUGGUGCAUACCUUAGUUAAGAGGAAGCCUCUAUUGUUAUGAGGGACGCUUAUCUGCUGAUUCAUCUGUUCUUUACUCUUCCAAUUGACAGGUAAUUUAGAAAGGAGAGGAGAAGUGUUCCUCAUGUUUGACGGAUAUGCCAACACAAUUUGAACAAUUUCAUUGGCAAUCUUUGGCUUAACAUUUAUAAUCAUGAAUGCAACUAUUGUUCAUGUAUAUUGAACUGAUGUAUUAACUGAUAAAGGCAUGUCUGUUGCAACAUCUGGAUUAUACUUCUUCAAUAGUUUUACCAGAUUUCUACCAACACUAGCACUCAAUUUGCUUGGAUGGUUUGGAGGUGAAACAACCUUUAUCAAUGCAAAUCGGGUUAACUUCUUCAUGUUUAGUGGAUUUGCUAUUGUAGGAUUUUUCCUUAUUCUUAUCUUCGUAAAAGAAACCUUUAAUAAGAGCCGGGCAGAGAUUACCCAAGAAUUUGGGAAAGAAUUCUACAGCAACUCGAUCGAGAUUAUUCCUUUAAAGACUUCUGUUAAUUACUAA